UGAGUGAACGUCCGAGGUUAAUGGUUGUGAUCUGUUGGGAAGUUUCAGGCUCGCCCACGAAGAUGAUCAAGGCAGAAACAACACCAUGACAUACCCAAUGCUUUUCAUCUUCCAAAGUCUUCGCUCUUAACUUUCAAAGUCUUCCUUAACCCAACUCCGCGAUAUAUCACGGGAACUUCUUCGCUCUCAAGGCCGGCCAAUUUAUUUAAACCCUUCUUUGUCUGCAACUCUCCACAGAGUUUCACAAACAAAAAGAUCUCAAAGCCCAUUUCAAUCGAUCCCUCAAAUUGAUUGUUAGACCUUGUUUGGUGUAUCUAUGGCUGGUAACAAUGUUGGAGGGGCUGCUUUGGGAGCUGUAUUUGGUGAAUUACUCAAACUUGUUGUAUAUGUGACCAAACAAGCCAUCUAUUUCAAGUCCACUCUCAAUUGCCUCCAAACAACUUUAAAUGACAUACACCCAGUUUUUGAUGAUAUAGAUAGGCUCAACAGAUUGUUGGAUGCUCGGAAAGAAGAAAUAGACAGUUUCACCGGUCGUCUCGAAGAGGGGAAAAAGUUGGUUCUUAAGUGCUCCACAAUCAAAUGCUGGGAUGUGUACAAGAGGGUCAAAUACAAUAAGAAGCUCACAGGUUUGGACAAGUCAUUGUUGAGGUUCUUUCAAAUUAAUGUGCAAGUUCUAUUGGCUAGGGAUAGUAAGAAGAUGUUAGUGGGUCACAACGAUUUGGAGGAGAAAUUGAAUAAAGUACUUUCGCUUGUGCAAAAUGGGACUGUUGGUGGUGGUGGAGGAGGAGGAGUUUGUUAUUCAAAAGGGUUUUCAGGUUCUUGUGGGGUUCCGAGAGUUCCUGCUUUUAUUGUUGGGUUUGAUGUGCCGCUUCAAGAAUUGAAGAUGAUGCUGCGUAAGGAUGGAGUGUCGGUGCUUGUGCUCUCGGCUCCUGGAGGGUGUGGGAAGACUACGCUGGCAAAGAUGCUCUGCCGCGAUAAUGAAAUAAAAGAUAUAUAUGGGGCCAACAUCUUCUUUGUCAAUGUCUCGAAAACACCUAGCAUCACAGUCAUUGUUCAAAAACUUUUUCACCAUAACGGUUGUUAUCCAGUGCCUGAGUUUCAAAGUGAUGAUGAUGCGAUCAACCAGCUAGAGUACUUGCUGGAACAAAUAGGCCAGCAGCCGAUGUUGUUGGUCUUGGAUGAUGUAUGGCUUGGAUCGGAAUCCCUUAUUCAUGAUGUCAAGUUCCAAAUACCAGGAUACAAAAUUUUGGUUACAUCAAGAUCUUUAUUGCCGGGAUUUGAAAUUACUUAUAACUUGAAAUUGUUGAGUGAUCCAGAUGCAAUUAAACUUUUUCGUCAUUUGGCAUUUCCGCAGGACAGGAGCCUCUAUGUGCCAGAUGAUCUUGUGAACGAGGUAGUGAGAGGCUGUGGAGGAUUCCCGCUGGCCAUUGAAGUGGUUGCCAAAUCACUCUCUAACCAGCCUGAGUUUAAAUGGAGAAGUACAAUGAAGAAAUGGUCUGAAGGUGAAUCUAUUUUUGGUUCGAACAGUGAGCUGCUUAAACGUCUCCGAACCAGCUUAGAUGCCUUGGAGGAAAUACCUAUAGUCAAACAGUGUUACCUGGACUUAGGCUCAUUUCCAGAAGAUCAAAGGAUCCCUGCCUCUGCUCUCCUGGAUAUAUGGGUGGAAAUGUAUAACCUAGAUGAAGAUGGUGUGUAUACCCUUGACAACCUCCAUGAACUCUCCACAAGAAAUCUGGCUAAUCUUGUACUUACAAGAAAAGAUGCAAGUGAGGUUGAUGACUACUGUAAUGAGCAAUUUGUCAUGCAGCAUGACCUACUGAGAGAGCUGGCUAUUUAUGAGAGUAGCCGAGAAUCCAUAGAACAGAGAUCAAGAGUGAUUCUGGACAUAAGUGCUAAUAACCUUCCUAGGUGGUGGACUGAACAACUGCAGCAACCCAUACAUUCCAAUCUUUUGUCUAUUUCUACAGAUGAAACAUUUUCUUCAAGCUGGUACGACCUACAUGUGCCUGAAGUUGAAGUCCUAAUACUGAAUUUCCGGAUUAGGAAAUUCACUUUACCCCAGUUCAUGGGGAGAAUGCACAAACUGAAGGUUCUGAUUAUUACAAACUAUGGUUUUGGUUCAGCUGAACUGAAUAACUUGCCCUUGCUUGGUUAUUUGUCCAAUCUAAGGAGAAUCAGGUUAGAACAUGUUUCAAUUUCUUCCCUUGGUACAUCUAUAUAUGAGCUGAAGAAUUUGAGGAAAAUAUCCUUUAUUAUGUGUGAGAUUGGGAAAGCUUUUGAUAAGUGUACCAUUGAGGUCCCCCAUAUAUGGCCAAAUCUGGUCCAGAUUGAUAUUGAUUGUUGUGAUGAUUUAGUGGAAUUCCCUUCAGGAUUUUGCAAUAUCAUCCACCUUAGGAAACUCAAAAUCACUUACUGUAAUGAGUUAUGUGUACUUCCCCAAGAAAUUGGAAAGCUAACAAAUUUGGAAGUCUUGAGGCUUAAUUCUUGUAAGAAAUUGACAGUGUUACCAGAGUCGGUUGGAAACCUCCAGAAACUAAGAUUACUUGAUAUAUCUGAUUGUUCAAAAUUGAGCAACAUGCCCAUGCGAAUGGGCGAGUUGUGCGAACUGAGAAUGCUACACAUGAGAGGUUGCCGGGGAUUAGAUGAGUUGCCACCAUCAGUAAUGGACCUUGAACAGUUAAAAACUGUGGUAUGCGAUGAAGAGGCUGCCUUCCUUUGGGAACCUUACGAGUGUUACCUCACCAAUCUGAAGAUAAAUGUGCUAAAAGAAGAUAUCAACCUGAACUGGCUUCACAAUCUUCAUCCAUAAGAAAGCUUAAUUUGAGAAAUGUAUCAGGGGUUUGCAGGCGUGUUCCUUGAUUGUCUUUAUCUUUCUUAACCCCUUUUCCUAGGAUUGAAUUCAAAUUAUGUACAUCUACUACUGAGAAAUGUGAAAUUCACAUUACUUUCUUCAACAGACAUGAUACACAUUGUAAUAUAACUAGUGUUAUUGUUAUGUUUUCCCCUUCUUUUCGUGCUUAAUG